GAUAUAAUAAGUGCUUGACUCCUUUCCAAUAACUUUCCUUUCUCUGACUCUCUACUUUCCCAGAAAGCCAAUUCUUAUUCAUCUUUUUCUUCAUUCUUUCUCUCUCUCUCUCUCCUUUAUUAUUUAUAAAUUAUAACCCUCUUUCUGCUGUUACUAAACCUUCAAGCUCCAAAAGAAAAAGAGAAGAAAAAAAAGAAAAUAUAUUUUUGCCAUUUUGUUCUGUUCUUCAGCUUAAUCAGAAGCUCAGGUAUAUAAGGUUGUCAUAAUUUUAGUGGAAGCUGCUAAUUGGAGAUGAGCAAUCUCAAGCUUGGGGUGGAGGUUACAGGUGCUCAUGACCUUAUGCCAAAAGAUGGGCAAGGUUCAUGUAGUUCCUUUGUGGAACUUCACUUUGAUGGUCAGAAAUUUCGAACAACAACUAAGGAUAAAGAUCUGAGUCCAGUUUGGAAUGAGAAAUUUUACUUCAACAUUACUGAUCCGAGCAGAUUGCCAAACCUGACUCUUGCCGCCUGUGUCUAUCACUAUAACAAAACCACCGGUUCCAAAGUGUUCCUUGGCAAGGUCCAGCUCACUGCAACAUCAUUUGUCCCUUAUGCAGAUGCUGCUGUUCUUCACUACCCUUUGGAAAAGAAAGCUGUUUUUUCCCGCGUAAAAGGAGAGCUUGGCUUGAAAGUAUUUGUUACUGAUGACCCUUCAAUUAAGUCCUCAAGUCCUCUUCCUGAUUUAGAACCAGUUACUAAUGCAGAUCAACACACUGUUCAAGAUCAAACACCAUCAUUCACAAGUUCAAUACUGAAUGUGUUUUCUCGAAAGAAAAAUGAUUCAAGGCACACAUUUCAUACAGUUGCCAAAUCAAAUGAAGAAAAACAGCAUCAAUCUUCUUCUUCAGCAGCUGCCAAGCCGAGUUCAAACUAUAUGACACAUGAGAUGAAAUCUGGAAUGCCGCCUCCUUCGAAAUUCGUGUAUGCAGGUUCAUCUUCUCCUUUUGAUUAUGCAUUGAAAGAGACAAGUCCUUAUCUUGGAGGGGGCCAAGUUGUUGGUGGGAGAGUUAUACGGGGGAACAUGCGCCCCAGCACCUAUGACCUUGUUGAACCAAUGAGGUACCUCUUUGUAAGAGUUGUGAGAGCUCGCGACCUUCCGUCAAAGGAUGUGACCGGAGGCCUUGAUCCGUAUGUGGAGGUAAAGAUUGGAAAUUUCAAAGGAAGAACCAAGCACUAUGAGAAAACUCAAGACCCUGAGUGGAAUCAGGUAUUUGCCUUUUCAAGGGAGAAUCUGCAGUCAAAUGUUCUUGAAGUUGUGGUCAAAGACAAGGAUAUGCUGCUGGAUAAAAAUGUUGGAACUGUGAGGUUUGAUCUCCAUGAUAUUCCUACACGUGUUCCCCCAGACAGUCCAUUGGCUCCCGAGUGGUACCGAUUCGAGAAGGGGGACAAGAAGAAAGGGGAGUUGAUGCUUGCUGUAUGGUUUGGCACACAAGCCGAUGAGGCUUUUCCCGAUGCUUGGCAUUCUGAUGCACUCUCUGUUGAUGGAAGCUCCCCAUUUGCUUAUGCUCAGAUUCGAUCCAAAGUUUACCAGUCACCAAGGUUAUGGUAUGUGCGGGUUAAAGUGAUUGAGGCACAGGACUUGCUGGUGGAGAAUUCUAGAAUUCCAGAUACCUAUGUUAAGGUGCAGCUUGGUAACCAGAUCUUGAAGACUAGGCCAGUUCAGUCAAGCACCAAGACCCCUCGUUGGGAUCAGGAGCUCAUGUUUGUUGCUGCUGAACCUUUUGAGGAACCUUUGCUCCUUUCGAUUGAGGACCGUGUUGGUCCCAACAAGGAUGAAACUAUUGGGAAUGUUGUUAUCCAUUUGACCAAGGUUGAGAGGCGUGCUGACGAUAGACCUAUCCGCACUAGGUGGUAUGACCUUGAAAAAUCCAUGUCUUCUGCAAUGGAUAGUGAAGAAGGGAAAAAGAAGGAGAAGGAUAAGUUCCAUAGCCGGAUCCACAUGUGUGUGUGUCUUGAUGGUGGUUACCAUGUUUUCGAUGAGUCAACUUAUUAUAGUAGUGAUCUUAGACCCUCAUUGAAGCAACUGUGGAAGAAGCCAAUGGGAGUCUUAGAACUUGGCAUCAUAAGUGUUGAUGGACUUCAUCCAAUUAAAACCAGAGAGGGAAGGGGGACAUCGGAUACAUACUGUGUGGCAAAAUACGGCCACAAAUGGAUUCGCACCCGAACCAUUUGCGAUAGUCUAAGCCCCAAGUACAAUGAGCAGUACACUUGGGAAGUUUUUGAUCCAGCUACUGUUCUCACUGUUGGGGUCUUUGAUAACGGCCAGCUCAACAGUUCAGACAGUAAUAGAGAUUUGAAAAUCGGUAAAGUCAGGAUCCGUAUCUCAACCUUGGAAUCUGGACGCGUUUACACUCACUCUUACCCGCUACUAAUGCUGCAUCCUUCGGGUGUGAAGAAGAUGGGUGAAGUCCACUUGGCAAUAAGAUUCUCAUGUUACUCAACACUUGACAUGAUGCAUGCAUACUUCAAGCCGCACUUGCCAAAAAUGCACUACAAAAGGCCACUCAACAUAAUGGAACAGGAGAAGCUCCGGCACCAGGCCGUCAGUGUGGUCGCUGCUCGUCUUAGCCGGGCAGAACCUCCACUUAGAAAGGAGGUAGUUGAGUACAUGUCCGAUACGGACUCUCAUCUGUGGAGCAUGAGGCGUAGCAAGGCGAACUUCUACCGUCUAAUGACGGUGUUUUCGGGGAUGCUGUCGGCAGCAAAAUGGUUGGGGGAAGUUUCCACAUGGAGGAAUCCUGUGACAACAGUGCUGGUGCACAUCUUGUUUCUGAUGCUUGUGUGUUUCCCGGAACUCAUCCUCCCAACUGUCUUCCUCUACAUGUUUGUAAUUGGGAUGUGGAAUUGGCGGUUCCGGCCUAGAUACCCUCCUCACAUGAACACUAGACUCUCCUAUGCAGAUGCAGUCACCCCGGAUGAGCUUGACGAAGAGUUUGACCCCUUUCCCAGCACAAAGAGCCCCGAUGUGGUCCGGUUCAGGUACGACCGAUUAAGAAGUGUUGCUGGUAGGAUUCAGACCGUGGUUGGUGACAUUGCUACUCAAGGUGAAAGGUUCCAAGCACUGGUAAGCUGGCGAGAUCCUCGAGCCACAACAAUGUUCAUGGUGUUCUGCUUUGUGGCUGCCAUUGUCUUGUAUGUGACACCAUUCCAAGUUCCAAUCCUCCUAACUGGAUUCUACCUUAUGAGGCAUCCAAAGCUUAGGAAUAAGACACCAGCUGCACCGGUUAACUUCUUCAGAAGGUUACCAGCUCUUACAGAUAGCAUGCUGUAGAAUGCACUCCCCUUUUCAUUUUUUUGUCAUGGAUUCUGGUAUCAAAUUUUUGGCAGUGCAUGUAAAAUCUAAUGCCUGUGUGUAUUGUGUUAUGACCAGUGACUUAUAUAUAUUAGCCUUUAGUUUUCUGUAAUUGGAUCUGAUUAGAUGGCUGUAAAAUUGGAACUGAAUCAGCAAUGAAACCAAUUUCACUGCUCUGUUCUUUGAAUA